AUGGCUCCCGUAAAGAAGGGUGGCGAGGAGAAGGGCCGUUCUGCCGUCAAAGAGGUGGUGACCCAGGAGUACACCAUCGACGUUCACAAGCGCAUCCCUGGCCUGGGCUUCAGGAAACGUGUCCCUCAGGCACUCAGAGAAAUCCGGAAAUUCGCCACGAAGGAGAUGGGGACUCCAGGUGUGCGCACUGAUACCAGGCUCAACACAGCUGUCUGGGCCAGGGGAGUGAAGAACGUCCCACAUCGUCUCCAUGUGCGGGUGUCCAGAAAAGGAAACGAGGAUGAAGAUUCACCCAACAAGCUGCGCUCUGGUGACCUGUGUACCUGUUACCUCCUUCAAAAAUCUGCCGUCAAUGUGGAUGAGAACGAACUGCUGAUAAAAGAGGGGCAGAGGACCCAGCGGGGCAGGACCCCCGCACGGGACAAGCGCUAG